AUGCCGCACCACAAUGGAAUGCUCCGCGACAAAUUCAACCUCUGGACAUCGAAAAUCGAGCCGAACGCUGUCAUACGUGGUGCACAGCUAACUUUUGUCGGCGCUCACAGGGCUUUGCAGAACCCAGAAAUCUUCACCACGGAGCACUACACGCAGGUGGCAUAUGCCAUUAUAGCAGGUAUUGUGAUCCGGUUCUUGGUGGUUAUUCCGAUCGUAGCAGUCAAAUUAUCACUGAGGGUUAUAUCAUUAGUUUAUUCUCUUGAUAACGUGUUUUGGGAUAACACAAUUUUGGAAUGGCUGAAUUUCACCGGAGAACAUAUACUCCAGGUGCCUUUCUUCCUCAUGACUGUCAUGCGUUACUUCGUACCAACGUUAGACAACCUGUUUAUGCAGUCAUUAAAUUGGGUCGACACAACCUAUAUGAGGAAGCAUAUAUAUGAUAGUCCGAAUGACCUGAGAGAGCUAUAUUACCCUAAUCUAAGGUCCUAUCACCUAGAAAACCAAUUCAGAAGUAACAGAUAUCGAACGGCAUUCGCUAAUUUCUUAUUCAAAUAUGCUCGUAGAGCAUGGCUAUCAAUUGUGAUAUACACUUUAUCAUAUCUUCCUGUCAUCGGAACGCUGGUUCUUCCUAUGGCAAGCUUUUACUCUUUUAAAAAGGCUGCUGGCUUUGCCCCCGCCGCUCUUAUUUUCGGUAUCGGCAUUCUUUUGCCUCGGGACUUCUUGAUUAUAUUUCUGCAGACCUAUUAUUCCUCUCGAAAUCUAAUGAGAGAGCUUCUGGAACCUUACUUCUCACGUGUUCACUUCACAUCAGAGGAAAAGAAAAAUUGGUUUCGCAAUAGGGAAGGUGUGCUAUUUGGGUUCGCACUAGGUUUCUAUAUGCUUAUGAAAGUACCCUUAAUGGGAGUACUAAUAUACGGCAUUGCAGAGGCUUCAACUGCAUAUCUAAUUACGAAGAUUACAGAUCCUCCUCCUCUGCCGCCACUUAUGAGGAAGUAUGCCAUAAGUCAACAAACAUGGCAAAAUAAGCACCAAUUCCUUCACCUGAAGAUUCAAGACAUUGAUAAUAUACAGAGAAAGCCAGUUUUUAAGGCAAGUAUGAAAGAGUAA